CUUUUCUCCUUCCCUUUAUAUCCCAACCCCAGCAACAACAAUGAAACCAUCACUACUAAUCAUGUAUUAAUUUACCACCCAAUUUCUCUUUUCUUUAAAUUCUUGUUUUAUUUGGCAACGCUACUUGCAUGCAUCUUUUCAUCGUUGUCUUCAGAGAGAGAUGUUGUAGCUGCAGAGGAUCCAGCAUUUGAGAGAUUUUCUCAUUUCCAAGACAAGAUAGAGUUUUUUUUUUUCUUUUUUUUUUCUUUUUAUAAGAGUUUCUUCCUCUAUCCUAUCUGUUGACCGAGAGAUAGGGAGAGAUUGUGUGUGCCUUUUGUCACGAUCAUUAGAUGCACGUGGAAGCCCAGAAGUUUUUUCUGCUUCUCUCUGCCAAACCGUCUCUCUUCUUCUUCUUUGAUGGCUCUUUCUGGGGUUCAUAAAGACAGAGGAGAGUUGAGGAUUCAUGAAAGUUUGGAUGAGCUUGGCACUGAUUUGGCAGACUAUGUUGCAGAACUAUCUGAGGCAUCUGUGAAGGAGAGGGGAGUCUUUGCCAUUGCCUUAUCUGGUGGUUCUCUCAUUGGCUUAAUGGGGAAACUUUGUGAAGCUCCUUAUAACAAGACUGUAGACUGGACUAAAUGGUACAUAUUUUGGGCAGAUGAGCGUGUGGUGGCAAAAAAUCAUGCUGAUAGUAACUAUAAGCUGGCAAAGGAUGGCCUUUUGUCUAAGCAGGUGCCCAUUGUACCCAGUCACGUGCAUUCGAUCAAUGAUUCAUUAUCAGCAGAAGAAGCCGCGAAUGAGUAUGAGUUUGAUAUUCGACAAUUAGUGAAAACACGAACAAUCGGCGUAUCUGAUAUCAGUGACUGUCCCAAGUUUGACCUCAUCCUUCUUGGAAUGGGCCCUGAUGGUCAUGUUGCCUCAUUGUUUCCUAGCCAAUCUGUGCUUGAUGCAAACGAUGAAUGGGUAACUUUUAUUACUGAUUCCCCCAAGCCCCCACCUGAGAGGAUCACUUUCACUCUGCCUGUCAUAAACUCAGCAUCAAAUGUGGCAGUGGUUGUAGCAGGUGAGGACAAAGCAGAGGCAGUACACUUAGCAAUUGAUGAUGUGGUACCUGACUGCCCACCUCUGCCUGCUCGGAUGGUUCAGCCAACAAAAGGGAAGUUGGUGUGGUUUUUGGACAAAUCAGCUGCCUCAAAACUUGAUGGUUAUCAAUUUUCUGAGUAGGGUCAAAUUUUCAUAGCCAAUGAAUGUGUAUGUUUUGUAUGUAGCAGAGGGAUUCAACACCCUUGGAUCCUUUUCUCUUCUUCCAUCAGUUCCAAACUUUCCUUUCUUUUUUCUCCCUUUGGCUUUGGGUUAAAUUCUCCAUUUUGGCUUUUGAUCCUCUCUUCUUUAGAGGAGUUGGGGAAGUGUGAUUAUCCUUUUGUGUGAAGAAUAAAGUUGGGGCCUCGGUGCAAAAGCUGUUUUCUGGUACUGUUCACUUUGAGGAUUGUUUUUGAAACUUGGAUAGUAGUCUCAUGGGAGGUCAGCCCAUCGGAAUAUGGAAAACAGCCCUCCUUUUUUUGGCUUUAUUAGUAGCAUGGAAUUUAGUAGGACUUCUCUGCAAACGACUUCAUACAUGUACUCUAUUAGAAUAUACAAAUUUACAGAAAGUUUCUUCCAAUAGUUGUUUGCAUGGCAAUUGGCAUGCAUAUUAUCCAUUUGUCAUUGCAAAAUCAAAUUGUGAGGUUUAUGCCUCUGACCUCUGAUCUAUGGGUGCCCA